GUUAUGUUUUUGACACAGCUGACAGCAGACUUAAAUAAUUAAUAAUAUAUUCUUAAAAGUUUAAAAUGUCGCACAACGGGUGCCACCGGCUUCCAGGGUUUUCACAUUUUGACUUUCCUCUUUCAAGCUUAGAGCUCAAAUUCUCAUCUCAGGUUCUCAAUUCUAACACGGGUCUGGAUCUCUCAAUAGUGAACGGAUUGGAUUUGACAAAUUCUAAUUAUGAGGGCUUAAACUUGAGCAGUAAUGGAGGUGGUCAAUCUACGAGAAAUGAAAACAAUUCUCAGCAACAACAAUCAGCUCAGAUUUCCAAUCGCAAUCUUGAAUCCGUGGCCAGCACUUCUCAAUCCGCCAAUCCCCAAGCUGCUCAGCAGCUCCUGGAAUCUGGAGGAGCUGCAUUUUCUCAGCAGCUGCUUGGGUCUGGGUCCAGCUGCUCCCAGGGUUUAGAAGGGAGCUGCUCAGAUGAAGCUGAAAUGGUUUUGAACCUUAGUACUCAGAUUGGAUUAAACCUUACCAGGCCUGGGCAAACUGUUCUUGACUAUACAGAGAUGCUGGGAAUAGAUCAGGAUACAUCAUUCACACAUUCUCUUCAGGAGACAGAGUUCGAGUAUUACAGUGGUUAUUAUGAAAACUAUUCCCAGCAGAUUCUUUGUACUCCGGCAUCUACAGAUGAGCAGAGGAGCUCACCGCUUAAUCUUGAACACAGGAGUUCCCCCUUGAAUCUGACUGCUGUGGGAAGCCUAGAUCGGAAACCAAACACGGGGUUUAACUUUGCAUUCAAGAGCACUCCAACAUCCAACACCAUGAUAUCUUCAUCAAAUCUAGCAGCACCUUUAAAUCCAACAUCCUUCUCUAGUUUAUCAAACACAGCUAGUGAAGUAGGACAAGCCUCAUUAAUGAUAGUAUCAUCUAUGUCUAAAUUAGGAAAAGUAGGAUUUAGUGGCACUCAGGGUAAACAAGAUCAAACAUUAACUUUAAACCCUGUUAACAAUAAUCCGUCAGGAGCCCAGAUGUUUCCUAAGCUUGCCAGUAUUGGACAGCCAGGAGAAAUGAUCAUGAAUAUAAUUCCUGUUAAUUCUGUGCCACAGCAAAAAAUUGUUAAAUUCUCCUCGAAUGAGGCAAUUUCUUCUCAAGUUUAUAAUUAUAGUAAUCAAGCAUUUGAUUACAGAAUUACUAACAAACUUUCUUCAUUCUAUAAUCAGCCUGGCAAUCAAUCAGACAACCAACUAGUUAAUCAAUCCAACAAGCCUGGAGAGCUAACAAACAACAAACCUGUUGAUCAAACAAACACCUUGCAGCGAGCACAGAAAACCAUUGGGAAACCAACUUGUAACACUACCUCCAAGCAAGCUGCAUUAAACAAACAUAUAGAUCAUAACUCAGCAGGAAAUCAAUCAAGAUAUCAAACAGAAAAUGUUUGUGUAGGAGAACCCCGAAUACUUGGAUCUUUAAAGCAGGGCUUGAAUAUGGUUGAUGAGGGGGUAGGAUCUCAACUCAACAGAGAUGAUUACUUUGGUUACUUUGACCCGUUUGAGCUUGAGCUGGAACAAGAAGUUGCUUCUGGUGUCGAGCCUGAACCUAUGGAAAAACAUCUAUUGUCCAGAAAUGGACCAUGCAUCAACUCACAAAAGGAAUCUUCAUCUGAACUUUGGUGCCUUGAAUGUAGAAUAAAAUUUACCGAGGAAAGUCAAGUGAUUUCUCAUGCUAGAACAGUUCAUGGAGACAAAACCAGGAAAUCUGGUCAAUUGCCAGAUUUAUGCAGAAAGAGAAAGGCUCUAAAGGCAGAAAAUCCGGGAACACGAGCAUUGUCAAGCACUGUCCAGGCGGAACUCAACAAGCAGCCAUAUCCUUUUCAAUGCAUCACUUGUAAUGAUAAAUUUCAAUUCAAGUCAGAUCUUCUCGUUCAUCUUGAUGAACAUAAUCAAAUAAAACCAUUCAAGUGCUCAGUCUGCAACCUUGGGUUUACAUUCCAGUCUGCCAGGAAACGUCACGAAAGAUCUCAUACAGACGGGGGUGGUAAAACAAAUUCCUGUGAAGAAUGCCGGAAGUCAUUUUCAAGGAAAGCUGAUUUGCGGAAUCACAUGAAAACGCAUGUGGGCGCUAGAAUCUCGUGCCAGCAUUGUGCGCAAAUGUUUAACAAUGAAAAGAGCGCGGCAAAGCAUGCUUGUAGCGCGCAGAAUCCCGAGAAAAAAUAUCCCUGUCCGCUGUGCGACGCAGCACUUAAAACUAAAGUUGAGUGGGGUGCACAUGUGUGGAAGCACACUAAAGAUGCGCGUUAUGUGGUGUGCACAGAGGAAGAAGAUUUGCCUGUAUUUGAACCUAACCAAACCCAGACAGAGUUGCAGCCAAAGUAUCUCCAAAUCUGUAGUUAGAGAGACGGUUGUUGUAAUUUCAAGUAAUUUUCCUUUUAAUCGAAGGACAAACCCUUUAUCUGAUCAGUGAUCAUUAAUAACAAAGAUUUUUUUCUGUGUUUAAAGUUUAGUAAUCUUUUCUCCUUUCCUUUAGGAGAAGUGCGCAAAUUACUUUUGGAAAGAAACCACAAUUGAAAAUAACCAGUUUUUAAAAUUAUUGAUAUCUAACUCAUACUUAAUCAUACAAAGCUGUUAAGGGUACCCAUGUGAAUUGAGCAUUGUCAUCUUUGCAUGGAGGGUGACUUGAAAUUAUGCGUAAAAAUUUUCUAAUUAAAUUUACACUUUGAAACUAGAAUUUGUUUGAGUUACAUAUAUUGAGGUCAAAAUAAAGGUUCUUAAAUCUAUUAAAGUUUUGUUUUUAUUUUUUAUAAUCUGAUAGAUUUUUUUUCAUUCUUGCAGUUACAAAAUCAUUUUUUGCUCUUAUAAAUCAAAUUAAAUUGCUUAUUAUUAAUACUGACAUAUUUUUUAAUGUAUAGUCAUACCUCGUAUAUGUAUAGUAGGAAUGCCUUUGUAGGAUUUUUUCUUUCUUUGUUGAUAAUUUACUGGUGAAUUCUAUUUACAAAUAUUUUUAAAUCAACAAACUAUUACAGAGAAACCAUUUAUACGAUUUAUACUGCUUAUAUGUAAAGCUGGUAUAAUAUGGUGGCAUGGCUCAAAUUUUGUCGUGUUACCGUGAGUCCAGAACUUGUAUAUGUAAAAACUAUAAUAACUUGUAUAUGUAAUUAGUAUAAAAUAAAAACUAUUUCCAUGCUGAAAA